GAUUUGUUAUUCCAAUAAUUUUUUAAUAACAGUAAAAUGGAUAUUAUUUAUUUGUAAACGUUUUCACUUAACCAGAAUCUGUCUCGUAUUUUUUUUUAUUCCAGUUAUAAGUUCUUACAUUAAUUGGGCCGGGAAUGGUCAGUUUGACUCGUCACUUAAAUACUUCUGGAAGUUUUCAAGGUGCUGUAUUUUUUGAUGCAUCAUUAAAUAUGGAUGAUGAAGAGUAUCUUCAACCAGUUUUAAUUUCUCAUGAACAAGAAAGUUUUCAAAAAUUAGAUACAAUUCAUAUUGUAUUUGUACCCCUUAUUUUUGGAGUUGCUUUAGAGCUUACUGGCAUAAUAUUAGUUUCCAUUUGGCCAGGAGAACAAACGAAAUGUAAUAUUUACUUUGUAAUGCUUUAUCUUCAUUGUGCGUAUUGGCUACUUAUUAUGAUAGUAGAUCAUUUAAUUAAAGCAAGACAUCAUACCCUCAGAAUAUGUGGUUAUCUAGACUUUUAUCAGUCAACUUAUCAACAUAUUAGAACACCUUUUUUUAUUGUAUCUUUAUGGAAUACAUGUUAUUUAUUAUUAUCAGUUAUUCUGCAUCAUACCCAUAAGAAUAAUUAUGACAGCUAUUGUCAAAGUUCUCAAUUUAUGCCUGUAAAUUACGUGUUGGUAUUAACAACUUUUGAAUUAAUGAUAAUUAUACCAGUUUAUAUAAAUUAUAUUAAAAGAGUCAUGAGAUUUAAUAGAACAAAGCCACCACCAGAUGUUACUAGAGAGGAAUGGGUAAUGUCAUUUACUCAAGAUUCAUAUACUGGGGAAGUAGGAUUUCAUCAAAGAGGAUUAAAUUUAGCUGAGUUGCUUGAAAAACAAGCAGAUUUAAUCAGAUAUUUAAGAGACCAUAAUGUUAAAUUAAGCCAUAGAAUGAUGCUUCUGGCAUCACAACGUAGAACUGUACAAUCUUAAAUUCUUCCUAUUUAAAAAAUUAAUAUACGAUGAGUGAAAUAUGUGGAUAAUGAAAGUGAUUACCAUAUGAACUUCUGAUCAAUUUGUAUAAUAAUUGAGCUGUGAGACUAAUUAGAAUU